AUGCUCUGUACCAACACAGGUGCCUUCGCUCCAGGGCGUGGUGAAGGGCCCGGCACGGCCAGGGUGCUGGGUUCCCGGAACUGGCGGGCAGUGCAGGACAUGUGCAGGUACCGGCACCACUACCCGGACCUGGUAGAACGAGACAGCAAUGGGGACAUGCCCAACCUGAGCUUCUACAAAAAUGAGAUCCGUUUCCUGCCAAAUGGCUGCUUCAUUGAAGAGAUUCUUCAGGAGUGGAAAGAUGACUACGACCUCCUGGAAGACAACCACUCCUACAUCCAGUGGCUCUUCCCUCUUCGGGAACCAGGAGUGAACUGGCACGCCAAGCCACUCACACUCAGGGAGGUCGAGGCGUUCAAAAGCUGCCCAGAGGUCAUGGAGCGGUUCGUGCAGGCCUACGAGCUCAUGCUGGGUUUCUACGGGGUGGAGCUGGAGGACCGGGCCACAGGUGCAGUGCGCCGGGCACACAACUACCACAAAUGCUUCCAGAACCUGAACUGGCGCACCCAUAACAACCUUCGCAUCACGCGCAUCCUGAAGUCGCUGGGCGAGCUGGGGCUGGAGCACUACCAGGCCCCGCUGGCGCGCUUCUUCCUGGAGGAGACCCUGGUGCGCCGGCAGCUGCCGGCCGUGCGGCAAAGCGCGCUAGACUACUUCGUGUUCGCCGUGCGCUGCCGCCGCCAGCGCCGCGCCCUGCUGCGCUUCGCCUGGGAGCACUUCCGGCCGCCCGGCAAGUUCGUCUGGGCGCCCCUGCACAAGCUGCGGCGGCUCAGGGCUCGCUCGCCUGCCCGCCUGCCUGGGGAGGACAGCCUCGGGGACCCCUUCGAUGAGGCCAGAGCCCGGCGUCGGACCUGCGGGACGGACGAGGGCGAGGGCGAGGGCCCGGACAGUGCACCCCAGGAGGCGGGAUCCCCCGAGAGAGACCUGGCAGGUGCAGCCAGCGAGGUGGAGACCUGCGGUGAGUCGGCGCCCACGCCUUCCAGCCCCAAGGAGAGCAAGAAGCGGAAACUGGAGGUGAACCGGCGCGAGCAGGCCUCGGAGGAGCCAGGCCCGCAGAGCGCCCCUGACGUGGAGGAGAUCGCGCUGAACCUGGAGGUGUGUGCCCUCAGCCGGGGCGGCCUCGGGGCGGGCGCACGGGACCCAGGCAGCCAGGACCCGGAGGAAACUGAGAGGCCUUGCCCUCAGCCCGCUGGCGCCAAGGUGACCGACGAGGUGAGGAAGCGGCGGAAGGUGGAUGAGAACGGAGCUGCCAACAGUGAGGCCCUGGUGCCGGACCCGACCUGGCGCUCCCCCGCGUCUGAGGGACCCGAGACUACAGAGGCUGAGAGCGGGGCUGGUCAGGAAGCAGGACGCCCAGCAGGGGAGGAGCAUUGUGCACCCCAGAGCCUCCCAGAGGGCCCCACCCAGGCCAUAAGUGGGCCCCCAGUGGCUGAAGGGUUCAAGAGUGAGUUAGGCCAUGUGAUGGGUGAGGGUGUUGGAGAGGGGAUUGGGGGCAUGUCGCACCUACAUCUGGCUGCUGUGCCUGUCCGCUUGGCGGUGUGGUCCCUCUGCGGCACUGAGCUGUGA